AUGGACUCGGGUCAAUCCUCACCGCAGCCCGUGAAUGAUGGAGACACACCGAGCUUGAUCACGCUGCAUCUACUGUGUCAAUCUCUGCCUCCUCCAAGCCGUUUCACACUUGACAGCGUCCCACUCUCUAUAACAGUUGGCCAGCUGAAGGAACGGAUCGAGCGUUCCUUCCCUGGGAAUCCUGGAGCAUCUAGCCAGCGGUUGAUCUACAGAGGGAAGGUGCUCAGUUCCAAUGAUGCCAUGCUUCGAGCGGUGGUAUCGUCUAUGGAAACCAUUGCCAGUAUGCACCUUGUACUGCCACCGGAACCAGCGAACCCAGAAGCACCCUCUAUACACUCUCCAGAAUUCAGUCCAAGUUUUGCUUCGGCACCCACCGUUCCAAGUCAAACCAGUUCUAUUACUGGAACCGGAGUCGGCGCAUUCCCGGCAUUCCGCCCUAGCACUUCGAAUCUCCCAGGUCUCAAUCAAAAUAUUCCCUCGUCAUCGUCUGAGACGCAAUCCACCACUGCAAAUUUAUCAGAGACCGAUGAUACAUAUUUCCCUCGGGUUGUCCAAUCAUUCCGCAACAUAAUUGAACAUGUCGAGCGACAACUGGACCGCAACAUGCCGAUAUCCAUGCAGCAUAUUGUUCUUAUACGGACAUCAAUUUUUGAAUUCCAGGAUAUACUAGAUGCAAGACAGCUUCAUCUGGCGGAGGUUUCGGAAUUAAUUGGCCGUCUUCUUGAGGCUCAACAGCGCACUCGCACAUUGCUUAACACGCAACCACACCUUUUUCAACCCGAGUUUAUAGCCCAGGACCGACUCUUUGGCUCGAACGGCAUGAAUAGAACAAAUGCUUUUACGGCAAAUAGCAUAUAUACAAGCGGAGGGAGCGGCGCUCAGAUGUUCUUGCUUUCUUCGCCCACAGGACAGCCUCAUAUCGUGGCAAGCGGACAAGCUGUGCCAUUACCCGAAGUUCAGCCGGCCGUCCCGUACAUUCCAGCUGCUACUCGCACGGCAGGCGCACCCCAACCCCCUGAUCCACAUGCAGCGGUAGUCCAGAAUGCUAUCCGCCAAGCAAUGGUUAACCAGCAGCGUCAGGGCGACAACAUUGAGCACGCCGGUUUAGCACGCCAUAUCCGCCGUAUCUGGCUCUUCGCCCGAUUGUGGUUCCUCUGCUACCUUGUUAGCGCUCCGGACACCUGGAGGCGCUGGAUCUUUGUCGGUGUUGCGCUGCUUGUAACAUUCCUGUCAGAGACCGAUAUUCCGCAGCAGCUUGUACGUCUUAUCAUUACGCCCCUGCAGCGCCAUCUCGAAGGUCUCACCCAUGCUGGCGGACCGGCAGACCCAGCAGCUCAGACUAGGCCUAAUGGCCCCGCCGCAAGGCUCGAUAUUUGGGACUCGAUUCGCCGCGUAGAGAGAUCCCUUGUUCUGCUUUUUGCCAGUCUGGUUCCUGGACUCGGUGAACGACAGGCCCAGGCUCGUACUGCUGCAGAGCAAGCUUUUCUGGCUGAGCGAGAGCGACAAGCACGCGAGCGACUGGAGCAGGAGCAGGCACGGGAGCGACAGGGGCAAGAGCAGACACCGCAGGGUCAGGAGCCACAGCAGGCGCCCGUGCAUCGAGAGUAA